AUGGGAACUCCACUACAUGGUACGGCCAUUAUUACCGGGGCCAGUGGCCUGCUGGGAUCAGAGGUUGCCGUCUCCAUCGCCAAAGCACAGCCCUUUGUCCACCUGCUGUUGGUGGCUCGGGAUAUCAGAUCCGACACCGUGAAGGAUGUAUUAAGCCGCAUCCGCUUGAUUGGGCCGAGGUCCGUCGAGGUGGUCAAGUGUGAUCUAGCCUGCUUCAAUUCGGUGGCGAGCUUUGCACAAUAUACUGUGGAGCGAGUUCGCAGUAAAGAGAUCCCUCCGGUCACCCUCUUGAUCAAUUCCGCGGCCAGCUCAUCCUACGUCACCGAUCAAGUCACACGAGAUGGGUACGACCCCGUCUACCAAACCAACUGCAUCGCCCCGUUCUUGUUGACCGUGAGCUUGCUCGAGGCCUUCCGAGCCGGCGACGGAACCCCAAACGGCGGUGCCCGAGUCAUCAACGUCGGAUGCGCCGCCAUGUCCAAAGGGUCACUGGACUACUUCGAUGAGCAGGACCCGGAUAACGCCAGCCAGGCCCCGGGGACUCCGAUCAGUGCAAAGGAAGCCACCGCCCGGUUUGGGAGUAGUAAGCUGUUGAUGAGCGCUGCUAUGUAUGCCUUGCGCCGGAGUCUGGUACUCGCGGGCAACAUCUCGCUCAAUGUAUAUACGAUGGACCCCGGAUUUAUGACCGGGGAGAGCCAUCUCACCGCCUCGGCACCUUUGUCGGUGCGAAUGGCGCAUCAGACCCGGUCUGGACUCCGGCCCCUCUUGCGGGUUUUCUCCAAGAGUGCAAUCAACAAGGCUAGCGUUCCAGCCAAGGUCAUUGCGAAAGUCGCAUUCCAGAGGGAAACGGUGGAGAACUGGGGCAGAGAGCGCUAUUAUAUCUUGGAUAGUGAAUAUGAGGCCGGAUCCGUCAUUCCCGUGUUGCGAGACUUGCCGCGCAUGGAUGCGCUGCUGCAGAAGGUGAUGCGACAGCAGGAUUUUCAACCCCGGGCACAACCUGCCUUGCGCCGCCGGAGGCAACUCUUCCAGCGCCUAUGUCUUCUCUGCGGUGUCUCCCUGUUGCUCCUCGUCCUGAUCUUCCCGUCGCUGCGCGCCUCACUCCUUCCGGUGGUAUCGCUCGGCCUCCUCCACCCCUAUGAAGACCUUCAGAUCGAGACGAUCCGAUACUAUGACCUCUCCAAAGUGCAAGGGACCGCCAGUGGCUGGGAGCGCGGGGAGCGGGUGCUCAUGUGCACGCCCCUGCGCGAUGCCUCCUCCCACCUGCCCAUGUUCUUCUCGCACCUGCGGAACCUCACCUACCCGCACAACCUGAUCGAUCUGGCGUUUCUGGUAUCGGAUUCCGAGGACGACACGAUGGGCAUGUUGUCGCGCAUGCUGGACGAACUCCAGCACGAUGCGGAUCCGAAGAUGCCGUACGGCGAGAUCUCCGUGAUCCAGAAGGACUUUGGCCAGCUGGUCAACCAGGAUGUGGAAAGUCGACACGGCUUUGCCGCGCAGGCCAGUCGCCGGAAGCUGAUGGCCCAGGCUCGGAACUGGCUGCUGAGCGCCACGCUGCGCCCGACGCAUAGUUGGGUCUAUUGGCGCGACGCGGACGUCUUGACCGCGCCGCAGACGAUUCUGGAGGAUCUGAUGCGGCAUGACAAGGAUGUCAUUGUACCAAAUGUGUGGCGACCCCUUCCCGACUGGCUGGGCGGAGAGCAACCGUACGACCUGAACUCGUGGCAAGAAUCCGAAACUGCAUUGGCCCUGGCCGACACGUUGGAUGAAGACGCGGUCAUCGUGGAAGGGUAUGCUGAAUAUGCUACCUGGCGUCCUCAUCUUGCCUACCUGCGCGACCCGUACGGAGAUCCGGACAUGGAGAUGGAACUUGACGGCGUAGGAGGCGUCAGUAUCCUGGCGAAGGCGCGGGUUUUCCGCUCGGGGGUGCACUUCCCCGCUUUCAGCUUCGAGAAGCAUGCCGAGACAGAAGCCUUUGGCAAGAUGGCCAAGCGCAUGGGAUUCUCAGUCAUCGGCCUCCCACAUUACACAAUCUGGCAUCUUUACGAGCCGAGCGUGGACGAUUUGCGGCACAUGGAGGAGAUGGAGCAGGAACGGAAAGAGCGCGAGAUGGAGGAGAAAGACCAGGCCGACCGUGCCGAGCGCGUUCAGACCCUGUUCAAGGAUGCCAAGACGCAGUGGGAUAUCGACCAUGCAUUCGUCGAGGACGCGAUCGCCGAGGAUCAGAAGCAAGAGACCGCCGCUUCAGGUGGUUCCUCAAGCGAGACACUCAAGGGCUCGGAGGAAGGUCCUCUAGCGCAGCCAGUUGUGAAAGAGAGGGGUGGUACUGGACAGAGCGGCGAGGGUUCCGGUACUCAGAUGGAAGAAGCUAAGCGUUAA